GUGCCAAUCACUGUUUCCACCUUACUUCCACAUACAGGACUGCUGCAGUGUCCGUGGAGAUCAGGAACGCCUGCUGUGAGGAACGGAGUCUUUAUUACACAUCACAUAUUCUGUAUUCUCUCUGAUUCACCGAGGAUGGACAAAGACAUGAGUCACAGGACUGAGAGGAUAAUAAAAAUCACCCUGGAGAUCAUCUACCUGCUGACUGGGCAGGAUUACACAGUAGUGAAGAAGACAUCCAAUGAGUGCGAGAUACUCAACAGCCAUCCCCGUGUGUCAGGAGGACUGAGUAGAACCCAGAGCCCCAUCCCAGUGCCUCCACCUCACUCACUAAUACAUGAGAGACACAAUGACAAGAAGAUCCUGGAACUCACCAAUAAGAUAAUUCAGCUGCUGACUGGAGAGGAGGUGGAGUAUAUAGAGGAACACAGGGGUCUGUACAAGGACGUGAUGAUGGAGAAUCACCUGCCCCUCACAUCACUGGAUGGGCCCAGUAACAGAAAUACCCCAGAGAGAUGUCGCCGUCCUCUGUAUACCCAGGACUGUACAGAGGAGUAUCACAGGAUCCCACAGGAGGAUCAGGGUGAAGCCCAAUUAAAUAAUAUUAAAAUCAAAGAUACAGAGGAAGAAGAAGAGAUGUAUGUGACUGAUAUGAAGGGAGAAGAUAUAGAGGGAGAAGAAGAGACGUAUGUGAUUGAUAUAAAGGCAGAAGAUAUAGAGGGAGAAGAAGAGACGUAUGUGACUGAUAUAAAGGCAGAAGAUACAGAGGGAGAAGAAGAGACGUAUGUGAGGGGUGAUCAGCAGUGUAAGGAGGAGGAGAUCCCUACAGAUAUCAGCACAGGAACUCCAGCUGUGGGGAACAGAGUCUUUAUUACACAUCACACGUUCUGUAUUCUCUCUGAUUCACCGAGCAUGGACAAGGACAGGAGUCACAGGACUGAGAGGAUAAUAAAUAUCACCCUGGAGAUCAUCUACCUGCUGACUGGGGAGGAUUACACAAUAGUGAAGAAGACAUCCAAUGAGUAUGAGACACCCAGCAGCCAUCCCCCUGUAUCAGGAGGACUGAGUAGAACCCAGAGCCCCUUCACGGUGCCUCCACCUCACUCACUGACACAUGAGAUACACAAUGAUCAGAAGAUCCUGGAACUCACCAAGAAGAUCAUUCAGUUGCUGACUGGAGAGGGUGAAGCCCAAUUAAAUAAUAUUAAAGUCAAAGAUACAGAGGGAGAAGAAGAGACGUAUGUGACUGAUAUAAAGGCAGAAGAUAUAGAGGGAGAAGAAGAGACGUAUGUGACUGAUAUAAAGGCAGAAGAUAUAGAGGGAGAAGAAGAGACGUAUGUGACUGAUAUGAACGCAGAAGAUAUAGAGGGAGAAGAAGAGACGUAUGUGACUGAUAUAAAGGCAGAAGAUAUAGAGGGAGAAGAAGAGACUGAUGUGACUGAUAUAAAGGCAGAAGAUAUAGAGGGAGAAGAAGAGACGUAUGUGACUGAUAUGAACGCAGAAGAUAUAGAGGGAGAAGAAGAGACGUAUGUGACUGAUAUAAAGGCAGAAGAUAUAGAGGGAGAAGAAGAGACUGAUGUGACUGAUAUAAAGGCAGAAGAUAUAGAGGGAGAAGAAGAGACGUAUGUGAGGGGUGAUCAGCAGUGUAAGGAGGAGGAGAUCCCUACAGAUACCAGCACAGUUCCAGCAGAUGGACACACAAGCAGGAACAUCUCAGAAGGACAUCUAAUGUUAUCCCCGGAUUGUGACAUAAAAGAUAAUGACAGAAGACAGGAUUCUCCAGGAGAUAACCCCAUUACCCCAAUUAUACAUCCAGCCCUAUCAGCUGAUCCCUCUGAUCCUGGGAAAUGUUCUCCUGAUCACUCUGAUAUUGGGGCAUCUGUUACAGCUCUGACAGUAGAUACAGUGUUUCCCUGUUCUAUAGAUGCCAAAUGUUUUACACAGAACACAAAGCUCAUUACCCAUCAGCCAGCUAAGGCAGGGGAGAGGCCAUUUCCAUGUUCUGAGUGUGGGAAAUGUUUUACAUACAAAUCAGCUCUUGUUACACAUCAGCGAAGUCACACAGGUGAGAAGCCAUUUCCAUGUUCUGAGUGUGGGAAAUGUUUUACACUGAAAUCACAUCUUGUUGUACAUAACAGAAGACACACAGGUGAGAAACCAUUUUCUUGCUCUGAGUGUGGGAAAUGUUUUACACUGAAAUCACAUCUUGUUGUACAUAACAGAAGUCACACAGGUGAGAAACCAUUUUCUUGCUCUGAGUGUGGGAAAUGUUUUACACAGAACUCACAACUUGUUACACAUCAGCAAACUCACACAGGUGAGAGGCCAUUACCAUGUUCUGAGUGUGAGAAAUGUUUUACACAGAAAUCACAACUUGUUACACAUCAGCGAAGUCACACAGGUGAGAGGCCAUUUCCAUGUUCUGAGUGUGGGAAAUGUUUUACACGGAAAUCAAAUCUUGUUAAACAUCAGCAAAGUCACACAGGUGAGAGGCCAUUUCCAUGUUCUGAGUGUGGGAAAUGUUUUACACUGAAAUUAAAUCUUGUUACACAUCAGAAAAGUCACACAGGUGAGAGGCCAUUUCCAUGUUCUGAGUGUGGGAAAUGUUUUACAUGGAAAUCACAACUUGUUCCACAUCAGCGAAGUCACACAGGUGAGAAGCCAUUUUCUUGCUCUGAGUGUGGGAAAUGUUUUACACACAAAUCACAUCUUGUUAUACAUCAGCGAAGUCACACAGGUGAGAGGCCAUUUCCAUGUUCUGAGUGUGGGAAAUGUUUUGCAAACAAAUCAGCUCUUGUUAUACACCAGAGAAGUCACACAGGUGAGAAGUGGUUUUCUUGCUCUGAGUGCAGGAAAUGUUUUACACAGAAAUCAGAUCUUCUUAGACAUCAGCAAAGCCACACAGGUGAGAGGCCAUUUCCAUGUUCUGAGUGUGGAAAAUGUUUUUCACACAAAUCACAUCUUGUUAAACAUAACAGAAGUCACACAGGUGAGAAGCCAUUUACAUGUUCUGAGUGUGGGAAAUGUUUUACACGGAAAUCACAACUUGUUACACAUCAGCGAAGUCAUAUAGGUGAGAGGCCAUUUCCAUGUUCUGAGUGUGGGAAAUGUUUUACACGGAAAUCACAACUUGUUACACAUCAGCGAAGUCACACAGGUGAGAGGCCAUUUCCAUGUUUUGAGUGUGGGAAAUGUUAUACGCAAAAAUCAAAUCUUGUUAGACAUCAGCAAAGUCACACAGGUGAGAGGUCAUUUUCAUACUCUGAGAAAUAAAUCAGCUCUUGUUGCACACAGUAGACAUCACUCAGAUGAGGAACCAUUUUAAUCUUCUGAAGUAUACUCAUUGCCAUGCGUUGUUUUUCAAGUUUCUUAUCCUUUCUCCUAUGUUUUUGUAAUAUACAUGUUACCACUGGGUGAAAUAAUUAGAUGUCAUGCCAUCGUCUACCACUGCUAUGCAGAUGACCUGUCUUUUGCUCCAGGUACUGAAAACCCAGUCCCAAUCCUAAAUGGUUGUCUAGCUGAGCUCCAGGUGUGGGUGAUGCCAGUUGGCUGUGAUUCAGUCCUGGUGAAACAGGCCUUUAUGCUAGAAGCUCACCAACAAAGGGCAGGGCUACAGCUCAGCUUUGCAAACCAACCGGGCUUGGGGGUUCAGAGUUACAGAAUGCUGAUCAUUUGCGGAAUCUUGGUGUCCUGGAUGGUGGAGUGACACUUAAACAUCAGUAUCUGCCACAAUUAGAUCCUCAUCUGAGGAACAGAGCCAGACUCCAGCACGUAAUUCUCUCAGAAGAUCUACCUACACUCAUACAUGUACUUGUAUCAUCAUACAUAGACUACUGCAAUGUCCCCUACCUGGGUCUCCCAGCAAAAGAAUUGCACCGCUUGCAGCUUGUACAGAAUGCAGCAGCCAGGCUGUUACCUAACUAGCCCGUUCCUGCCACAUAACACCCAUUCUCUGCUCCCUUCACCGGCUGCCUGUAAGAUGGUGACUAUUACAAAAUCUUACUGACUCAGCCCACCAUGACUAGGGUCCAUGGAACCAGAAGCAGCUUCUGCCUCCUUACUGCCGUGCUUUCUAACUUCCACCUGCAGAUGAAGGACUGUUACCAGCAGUACUAAGAAUCCUCAAGCAGUGCUGAGAUGUCAGGGGGGCAUAGAGGGUGGUGGCACUAGUGCUCUAGUGGGGGCUGCCGGAGGCAAUGUCUGUGAGAAUCUUGUCCUCAAGCAGCACUGAGUUGUCAGAGGGGAGACAAGGUGGUGGCAGUAGU